UAUUCAAUUCAACGUGAACUCUAACGCCCCCCCAAUUUUCGUAUUUACGCUAUCCUGUUGCGCAUUCCCCUCUUCCUCUGCCUUCUGUCUUUUGAUUGUUGGAACGUGGUUACGAUAUGAGCUCUACAGGUCCUGCUGCCCCUCAAAGCGUACGUCGAGAGACUUCGCCCUCCCCAUCAUUAAGAGAACGCCAGCGAUACGUACGCACGCAAUCAAUGCCUGUUGUCUCUACCGUCCCCACUCAUGCUCACGAUCUCGCGGCUGGCGCAUCCGAUGGACAGCCCUCCGUCCAAGCUCAGUCUCAAGCAUGCGCUCCGCAGCAACAGCAACAACAGCCAGCAAUGGGUUAUCCGCGUCCGAUAGCUAUCGCGCGCGUCGCUCCGCCGCAAUUCCUCUCGCAUGUAUCCGCCGGGCAUGGACACGGGGGACAGGCGGAGAAAUGGCAAAUGACGGAUGACCUGCAGGCGGAUAUCGAUCGUGCAGAUCUCCUUCAUCAACAACAGCGUCAGCAUUCGCGGUCGCCCGCUCCUCCGACGAUGCCGGCCCAACCUGCGCCUGGUACGGCCGGCGUUGCGUACGCGGGUGGCGCGGCGAGUGCGGGUGCAGCUUUCGUGAGUGGACAUGUAAAGACGCAUUCUGCCGGGAGUGUUAGUGUGAAUGUAGGGGUAAGUGUGGGGACCGAUGUUGUUGAUGGUCCAAGUGCAGCAAGAAGAAGGACGUCGGCGACAGAACAGGCGCAACAUCGUGCGUCGCCACUAUCAUAUGCGCUGCGUAAGACGGCAAACACGUCACCUGGAUAUCCGAGUAUGCCGUCUCCGCGAUCGAUAAAGAACAAGACGCCCGAUCGGUCUUUGCCUGUACAGGAAGAACCUGACGAGCAUGAGCAAGGUGCUGGUGACCGAGUCUCGCCCGCACCAUCUUCAGACCUUAACCCCACGAAUGAUCUUGAUCAUGAUGCGGAAGGUACUCUAGUCGAUCUCGGCGAUGAUGAUGACGAUAGUGCACAGCAGCAACGACCGAGCGGAGAGUCGACGGAGGGUGAGGGUUCGCAUACACCUCGCUCACCGACGAACCCACUCUUCCAGCAGGGUCAGUCUCAAAGGAGUAUUCACGAAGUCCUCCAGCCCGAUAAGCAGCAAAACGGUCACCACAAAGGGUUCAGCCCUGCUGACUUCCAACACACGCUCAAGAAACUCCAAUCUGACGUUCCAGGAAUCUCUCAGAGUAAUCCACCUGCUCCAAUGCCUCCACUUCCACCAUUCUCCCGGAAUGACUAUUCUCGCAACGAAUCGCGAGGAUCUUACCCAAACUGGAUGUUUGAUUUUUACCACAAUUAUCCAGAGGAGAUGGAAUAUUAUGACGAGGCUGCAUAUAUGCAACAAUUUAUGCCACCAGGGUCAAUGUCUAACCAAGGUGGAAGUUUGCACUCGAGGCCCGAUGCGCCAAUUCCACCGACCCCGCAUAGUCAGACGUCUGCUCCGACACCGUUCCAGCACCAAAACCAGCAGAAUAAUGGACAUGGUGAUGGUAAUGGUCAUGGGCAGGGCAACGAGCAGUCUCAGCGGCCGCUCAUCCCGCCAUUCAGCCCCGCACCACCGAGCGGGACGCCGUAUCCCUACCCCUUCUCACAUGUUCGCCGGGGAUUCGCCUACCCACCUCCUCCGGUACCACGUGUCCCUUCGUCAGUCUAUGACCCAAGCGUUGUCCAAGAACAACUACGUCUACAAAUGCAGAUGUACGCGUAUAAUAACGGUGCAUUGAGCGAUAGUACGCUGUCCCAGGCGUCCACUCCCUAUCCUGGUAUGGGCCCUGCAUAUACACCCUUCGGUGCAUUCCUCAACCAGAGCAGGGCGUUUGCGGCUGCACAACGCGCAAGGGUUGAAGGGGGCGGUGUUGGUAUUGGAGAGGAUGGGCGAGUGACAAGCGCGAGUAUGCGUUCGAGCCCUAGUCACUUGCCUGUUCCUCUUCCACCGAUGUACACAUCCGGUCGCGGAAGAGGAUUGAAGAAGAGAGACGGAUUUGUGAGUUCGAGAGGGAAGAUAAACGGUACUGUCCGUCCACGUGUUAAACCGCCUCCGCGUGUGGAUAGUACUCAGCCGCGCGAGACGAGUCCUGAACCAUCGUCAGGUGAAGAAACAGCUGGUGAGAAGUACGAUCACGAGCAUCGUGAACAUGCUGGUGGUGGUGGACGGGGAAGCACGGAGCCUAGAAAUGAAUGGACGAAUGGUGUAGGGCAUGAUGACGAGGACAACGGGGAGUGGGUCGAUGAAGAGGAAGAGGACGAAGAGGACUUAUUGGAAUUGGAAUUCCAUCCGACAUAUGUUGUCAAUCUUGAGAGGAGACGAAAGAGAUGGGAGCAGAAAUGGGAUGAUCUAGUCCGAGCUUUCCAAGCCCUCGAUAGAGAAACAGACACGACCCUCCUCCUUUUUGCUUCAGGCUCGCAUACGAAUAAAUUGCACUCACUCUCUUCACGCUCAAUCCGACGUGACGCAUCACUGUUCGACGGACACGCGAUGCACGCAGCGAAAUCCGCUUUUGAACAAAUUGCCUCUGCUCGUCGAAGUGCACGAAGUCAACAUUGGUCAUCUCUAUCCCUUCUUGAACGUCUCUACUCUUCUUCGACGAGUGCCUCUGGAUCAAAUUCAUCUUCGUCGCAAAAUGGUGAGGGUGGAGGAGACGAGCAAGUUAAUGAACGAGAAGAGGAUUUACGAAGGCUUCUCCGAACUGCAUUACAUAGCCUUGGUGCGUUGCAUCAGGUGUACGAGGAGCGGGAGAUGCGUUGGCGUUUAGAAGAGCGGAGGAUGAGAGAGGAGAGGGACGGUGUUGAUUUGCUUGUUAGACAAGCGUUUGGUGGAGGUGGAGACCUUAAUUUUGGAUUGGGUGAGAUGCCCAAUCUUUCUUGAUUCUUUGUACUUUGGAAUUUGGAAUGCUGGGAUGUGAAUGGAUGGAUGGAUGGUUAGAUGGGUUGUAUCUUUACUUUCUUCUAUGAUUCUGUCUUCUGUUGUUGUUUUACUUUCCUGUCUGCAUGUAUCCUGCGCUAUUGCUAUCGUCGUUAUCAUUGUAUCUCUUCUCUAUCUGUCUACCUGUCUCUUUGACUGUCAACCAAGUUGGGAAUCGGGUUGCAUUCCCUUUUCUCGCUCAAAAAGUAUAGUAAUAAUAUCG